AUGAAUGGACGUAACCCACCGGAUGACCCGCUUGACGAUUCGAAUACACGCUGCCGGCACCUAGGAGACUGGCUUAUUGAGGGUUUUUUAAAUAUCAGUCGUAAAAUUCAUCAAACAAAUUGGAAGUCUCCUCUAGCAGCUUCCUCGACCCUUUCCGUGGACCAAGACAACUCGGAGUUAAAGGAAGUCAUCUACGAUCGAAUACAUUCGUCCCUCCUGCCCCUCUUACAGCAUCAAAUCACUACCCUCUCGCUAUUACUGGCUGGCUUGUCGAAAGAACCUGAGUCCGGGCUGAAACAAAUGUUAGCAAUCCAACCAGAAAUCGAUUACAAUCUAACUCAAAUCAAAGCUGCCCUUGACGUCGUCUGUCCACGUGGCCUAUCUUCCUUAAACCAAGCCGAUGACCAGCAACUUAAACAGUUCAAAACUUAUAGGCUUGUUGAACUCAGAGAGAUGUUGUGGCUUCUUGCAGCUGUAUACAUCUGUUCUGCCUUGGAUGAGGCCUCUAGGCACAUUGGACGGAUGGGAUUCUCUACUUCGAGUCGGCCUCAAAAUCGCCUGUCCUCUACUUACCGCAAGGCCACCCCGGACGCAUUAGAUUGGAUCGGGUUCACUAUCAAACACUUAAGAGGAUCCGAAUUGGACGUUGCGGAAAAUCGCUGGAGAUAUGCGGUGCUCUCAAUCGACAAGGAACUAGACAACCUCAUCUGCUUGGUCAAUCCAACUGCUCACUCAACAAAUCAAGGCUUCCCCCUAGCCCGCGAACCGGUCAUCCUACUCGCCAAAUCGGCCAUACCAAUCAUAAAGCUAUCCAAACUAUUCUUCACCAAAUUAUCAAGGGCCGGGAUGAACAGGAAGCUGGUAUCAUCAUCUACGGAUAUGAAUUCUAUUCAACUGGGAUGCUUAUGCAAAUCUGCUGAAAAGGUUUCCGAAGAUCUCCCCAAACUUCUGACACUCUUGUCCGAAGCCGAUGUGCUUGAUGGAGCGGCAGCAAACUUUGACAACAGCCAAAAUAUCAUUCGACUAGCUGCAACUGUGGCUUCUCAUUUUGAAACUCCAGUGCAACUUGCAGUGGAUUAUCUCGUCCCCUUGGUUCCGGAAACCGGCGGUCUACCGAAUAAAAAUUACUACAAGGACUGGCUUCUUACAUGGAAAAUUCAAUCUAUCUUAGCCAUUCAUAACUUUAUCCAACGUGCCUUAACCAUCUGA